UAUCCUUCGUAUAAGCACAAAAAAAUUAACUACGUCACCUUUCAACGUCCAGGAACCAUUCCGAAAUCCAAAUUUCACGAUGAAACAAGUGCAGUUCCUAUACAAGCAGUUUUCGGACGAAUUCAAACUGACUAUUGACCAAGAGGUUAUCGAUGACAUAUAUAUGCAGACAAACGGGCAUGCUGGUCUUGUCUGCCUUUGCGGGCGUGCAAUUGAUAGAAAGCUACUAGCAGUAUUAGAAAAUGGAACGCAUCUUAGCUUCGAAAUAUGGGAACGUUUCACUGCCUUUUUACUAGGAAAUGAGAUUUUAGAGUACUCAACGUUUAUAAGAAUGAAGGAGUCCCUGCUGAGAGAUGAUACCGAUACUAGGCGUGCUGUGAAUCUUAUCAGAUCCGAUUUCUUAGUGAAUAACGACCCUAUAUAUGUUGCUGAAAACAAAAAGGAUCUAGCGUUGUUCCUCACAGCCGAAGGAGUUCUGGUUCCUGGAGAAGAUGCAGGGACAUUUAAGAUUUCUUCGCCAUUGGUGCACUGGCUGGUCCUUCAGCGAAUAAUUCCCCAGGCGUUUCCGACUUCACCUAAAGUAGAAGUCCCCUAUUAUUCUUCCACAGGUACCUUAGACAUACUUAAGGCCUUGAAACAAGUUGUCUGUGUAUUUGACAGAGAGAUUAUGAAGUCCCGCAAUUCUUUCAAGACAGCACAUGUGCUGGUCAAUAAUGUUGAUAAACUAGAAGUCCCUAGAGAGUCAGUUUAUGAUGCGGAAUU